AGUUUACUCGUUCGCAAUAAUAAUCAGGGAUGUAUUUGUUUCGGUAGGAAGUGUGUGACGAGACAGAAGGAUCUGCUGCACCUGCUGUUUGUACUAGACAGCUCCCCAUGGGCUCUGGCGGACAAGGUUGCACAAUUGUGCCCCUUUUAAUUUCUUUUGGCGCCGGACUUGCAGCUAGGGAACUGCUGGGAAGGGCUCGGAAACACGAUCAGAGGACUGCUGAGGCUGAAGAGGGUACAGAGGUCCGCAGGCAAAGCCAUGCAGCUGCAUCCACGUCUGAACGGAGCCCGUUCUCUGAGCUCGAGGAUGCGCAAGAGCCUCCCAGCAGUGCUGCCAAUCAGGAGGCAGCUGAGCGAUCUCAGGAGGAUGUCAAGACGCCAGCUCGCGUAGCAUCCCAGAAGGGGACUCCCAGGAGCACCUUGGACUCAAUCCCGAGCCUCAUCCCAUCAGACAUCAACUUGCCUGAGCAGGUAUUUGGGGAGCAAGUGUCUUUUGGCAGCCCCUAUGGCAGCCCUGAGGUGCUCGACUUCCCAACCUAUUGCGCCUGCCGCUUCCUGGACACUGCGCCAGACAACCCGGAAAAUGGGGAGAUCUUUGAGGCCCUGAAGACAAUGUCUGCAUAUUUCCUGAGGGCGGACGCGCACGCGAUCUGCCAGUGCAUACAGGCCUUUGGUCUCAACGACCUUCUGUUCAGCAUUGUGCGCUUGGAACGGCUGUUUGCUCGCAGCCGGGAGACAUCGCCUGUGAGAAGAGAACUCACAAACACAGGGCUGGCGCUCAAAGACGCACUGGCAGAGUGCCAAAACACUGGGUCCUCACAGAAUGGCAACCUCUCGGCGCCUGCUGCCUCAAAGGAGGUCUGCGCUGUCAAAGAGGUUGUGGGCUUCCUGAUGCAUGAGAUAGAGUGCAUACUCCACGAGUAUCUGAGCUUCAAUUGGGACCGACUGGACGACAUAUAUGAUGCCAACGCCCUGUACCUCAGCGCGGAUGGUCUCAAGUGUCUCUGGAACUCACAUUCCAGCAUGCAAAGUAUUCAUGGGUCUUCGAAUUCUUUGGGCGCGUCUCCAACAGCCAGCAGCUCCAGCGCAUUCUUUGGCUCGCACACGCAGUCGGAGCAGGACGAGGGGUCCGUGCACAGCCCCACCAGCACAAAUGGCAGCCUUCCCGCCGGCUUUGAGAUGGAGACGUUUGAGGAGUACUUGGCGGCGAAGCGGACGCAGAGCACGAAUGGCAGCAUGCACGGCUCGGUGGCGGCAAAGAGCGAGGCUCCGCAGAAGACGUCGGAGGCUGUGCGGAAUGCGCGCAGCCACGUGCGCGCUGUCAAGAACUGGCGGCGCGCCAAAUACGCGGUCACCAAGAAGAUCACCGAGGACAUGCUGGGCGUGCAGCGCAAGUUCCAGACGCUGUACGAGAUCUUCUCGGAGCUGAAUCGGUCGGGCAGCGGCCGCAGCGAGACGCAGGAGCGCGGCCCCGUGCUCCUGCUGCUGGGCGGCGGCAUGGCGGCCGGCAAGAGCACCGUGCGCGAAAUCAUCGGCCACGACGACUUCUGGUCCAAGGUGUGCAAGGAUGCGGUGGUUAUCGAGGCGGACGCCAUUAAGAAUCGGGACGUGAUGCUGAAGCACCUGUCGUCCUCGGACUUCACCAAGAACGACCCCACGCUGUCCAGCUACGUCCACGAGUACUCCACCAAGGCGGCCGAGGCUAUGCUGGUCGCUGCAGUGAACAAGCAGAAGGACAUCGUGUUUGACGGCACCAUGACGUGGGCGCCCUUCGUGGAGCAGACGAUAGCGAUGGUGAGGGACCACCAGCACAACUACCGGAGGGGGCCCGGCUACUUCACCAACGAGCACGGCGACACUGUGGAGAGGUAUUGGGACCGGGAUGAUAGCACGCCGUCGGAGGAGUGCAAGCGGCCGUACCGGAUAGAGCUGGUGGGGGUGACGUGUGACCCGGGCCUGGCGGUGGCGCGCGGCGUGUGGCGCAAGCUGCGCACGGGGCGCUCCGUGCCCAUCAGCUCCCAGCUGCGCUCGCACCGCCUCUUCUCCGAGAACUGGGAGCCCCUUGCGCACCUCGCCGACUCCGCCACCCUCUACCACACCGGUUCGGCGCUGACGACUUUCAACAAGGGCAACGUAAACCUGAACCCCAAGGUCAUCGCGCACCGCUCCUCCGCCACCCGCGGCGAGAUGCUGGUCAACUCCAGAGCCUACCGCCAGUUCUGCCACAAAUCCCGCCUCAACGACACGGCGCGGUGCAGGGGGGAGCUGUUUCCGGACGCGCGCGCGGACCAUGACAAGGUGCCGGUGUCGCACGAGGACCAGAUGAGCACGCUCCGCCAGGUCUUUCAGGCGGCCGACCGCCGCGAGCGCCGCGAACGGCAGCAGCGCCGCAAAACGGCCUUUGAACCCACGCCCCUGGCCGACACCAUGGCGGCUGCGGCGGCGGCCGGGCCCCGGGUUGCGAACCCAUAUGCUGCGGCUGCCUCAGUGGCUCGAUAGCGCAUUGUGUGGCGUCAUCAGGGGCUCUCUGCGGAGCUCGGCGGUGGUGCAGGCGUGGGAAUAUGCCUUGAAGGGUGUCUUGAUGUUUGUUGCGCCGUAGCUGGGUUGAUGCCAGGGCAUGCACUUCUGGCUUGUGACCGUGCUGCUCUGAGAGCCUCAGAUGACUAGUGCGAGGCUUCUGUUGUGCAGCCUCAGUUUCCAGGGAUGAGGGUGAGUGUAACAAAUGUGCAGCAAGAUAGAGUCAUUUGGGUGACGUACUUUCAGUGCAGGUCAAAGGACCUCGCUGUACGUUGAGCCGCAUUACUGUCCUUGGUAGCACCACAAUCCCUGCCAACCGUUGGCGGGGAAUGCAAAUGCAUCGGGUCAUAUCUGUAAAUAAU